UCCGAGCUAUUUCAUCGUGCACAGUUCUGAUAAGUGUUGGAUUAUCAAGUAUUUUUUGCUGAGCAUUUGUUGUUUUCGUCCUGUGAAAGAUAAGUCGUACAAGCUGAGGAGCCUUUUUGUGUCAGGAUGGGAGACAAAGGAUUCUCAGCGCUCCGUAUGAGCGUUUGCUUCGCUUUCUUUAUUGUAGCGCUGCACCUCGUUAAUGGAGACCUGAGUUAUUCUGUCCCAGAAGAGAUGAAACGCGAUUCUGUCAUUGGAAAUAUCGCCAAAGAUCUCGGUCUUGAUGUGAGGACUUUGUCCUCCCGAAAGGCCCGUGUUGAUUUUGAGGGAAGUCAGAAGCGUUACUGUGACAUUAAUCUGAGAACGGGGGAUUUGAUCACAUCGGAGAGAACAGACAGAGAAAGCCUGUGCGGCAAGAAACCGUCGUGUGUUGUGAAGGUAGAUCUGGUGUUAGAAAAUCCAUUGGAGCUUCAUCGAUUAAGUCUUCAUAUUCAAGAUGUCAACGACAACUCGCCAAAAUUCAGAGAAAGUUUGAUUGAAAUGGAAAUAAGUGAGUCGGCAGAUAAGGGUAAUCGCUUCUCCAUCGAGGAGGCCCAUGACGCAGAUAUUGGUCAAAAUGCGGUUCAAAGGUACAACCUUCAGAAGAACGACAACUUUAUUCUCGCUGUUGACAGCAACAAGGUUGAACUCGUACUGGAAAAUACACUGGAUCGAGAGAAACAAAAAGAGCUUAAUUUGCUCCUGACAGCUUUAGAUGGCGGCUCUCCUCAGAGAUCAGGUACUGUGGUCAUACACGUUACUGUGCUGGAUGCUAAUGAUAACGCCCCAGUGUUCAGCCAGGCCGUUUAUAAGGCCAGUCUGCCAGAAAACUCUCCUGCAGAUACCACAGUGAUUCAUGUUAGUGCUACAGACGCAGAUGAAGGAGUGAAUGGAGAUGUGACGUAUCAUUUUGGCCACGUGUCUGAUGAAGAAGUUAAUUUUUUCUCUAUUGAUCCAAAAACGGGAGAAAUUAGAGUAACACGAGUGAUUGACUUUGAGGAAAGGAGUUCCUUUGAAAUUAAAGUGGAAGCUAAAGAUGGUUUAGGGUUAACUUCGUAUGCUAAUGUUAUAAUAGAUGUUACUGAUGUGAAUGACAACGCUCCCGUGAUCUAUCUGAAAUCACUGACUGACCCCAUACCUGAGAACGUGUCACCUGGUACAGAGGUGGGCAUCAUUAACGUGCAGGACAGAGACUCUGAGACCAACGGACAGGUCCGCUGCUCCAUUCAGCAAAACGUGCCUUUUAAGUUGGUUCCUUCUAUUAAAAACUAUUAUUCUCUGGUGAGCACAGGACAGCUGGACCGUGAAGUGGUGUCUGAUUACAACAUUACAAUCAGUGCCACCGACGAGGGCUCUCCACCUCUGUCCUCGUCUAAAACUGUUCAGUUAUCUGUAGCAGACAUCAACGACAACCCACCUGUGUUUGAGGAGCAGUCGUACAGCGCAUAUGUGAGUGAAAAUAACAAACCUGGCUCCACUUUAUGUUCCGUGAGUGCUCGAGACCCCGACUGGAGACAGAACGGUACAGUGAUUUAUUCUCUGUUGGCCGGUGAGGUGAACGGUGCCCCGGUGUCCUCCUACGUGUCUGUGAACGGAGACACGGGGGUGAUCCACGCUGUGAGGUCGUUUGAUUAUGAGCAGUUGAGGAGUUUUAAAGUCCACGUGAUGGCCCGAGACAACGGUUCUCCUCCGCUGAGCAGCAACGUGACCGUCAGUGUGUUCAUAUCGGAUGUGAAUGACAACUGUCCUCAGAUCCUGUACCCCGCCCCGGAGGGCAACUCGUUCAUGACCGAGCUGGUCCCCAAAGCUGCCCACGGAGGCUCUGUGGUGUCCAAAGUGAUCGCGGUGGACGCGGACUCCGGCCAGAACGCCUGGCUGUCCUAUCAUAUCGUGAAGUCCACUGAUCCGGGACUUUUCACUAUUGGUGUCCACAGCGGAGAGAUCAGGACUCAGCGGGACAUUUCUGAAUCUGACAGCAUGAAACAGAACCUUAUUGUGGCGGUGAAAGAUAACGGCCAGCCCUCUCUGUCUGCCACCUGUUCCAUGUAUUUACUGAUUUCUGACAACUUGGCUGAGGUGCCCGAACUGAAGGAUAUUUCUUACGAGGAGAAGAAUUCCAAACUGACGUCUUACCUUAUUAUCGCUCUGGUGUGUGUGUCCACGUUUUUUCUGACGUUCAUCAUCAUCAUCCUGGGUGUGAGGUUUUGUCGCAGGAGAAAGCCCAGACUGUUGUUUGAUGGAGCAGUCGCCAUCCCCGGCGCUUAUCUCCCUCCUAAUUACGCAGAUGUUGACGGCACAGGAACUUUGCGCAGUGCGUACAAUUAUGACGCAUAUCUGACGACAGGAUCAAGAACCAGUGACUUUAAGUUUGUGACGUCUUACAAUGACAGCACGCUGCCUGCUGAGCAGACUCUGAGGAAAAGUCCAAGUGACUUUGCUGAUCCUUUUGAAGAUUUAGAGGCGUCUGCAGAGGUAGGAUCCCUUUAACGUGCUUCACUGAUCACGAUGCUUUUUUGACUUGUUUAUCGAGUCCUUAUGUUUGGUUGCAGCUUGUUUUGGUGUUUUCAAAAUUUUCACUUUUUGCGGUUGUUAAAGUGAACUGUUUGCACAAGAGAGACCUCCUCUUUUGGUCGCCUUUUCCUUCGCAGAUUUCCUCAGUGAAUGUUUGCAUAUUUUGCAUUUUCUUUCAAAACAGUGAGGCUCAUUUCACCUCCUUUUAGUGAUACAUGUGUUUCUUAAUUCAACUUCUUGUCAAGACGUGCAGGUUUUGUGUUUCCUCCCCCCUGGUUUUAUGUCAGAAAGAU